GAAAGUGAAACUUAUACUACAAACAGACACUAGAUGGCAGUGUAGCACAUUCUCUGGACCAAUGUCAAAUUACUAGCCUAUAUUACAACAAGUUUCACUUCAGGGUUGGCCAUCCUUUUGUUUAGUUCUACUCCCAAAUGGGCCUGGCCGUUCCCAUAAAGGUCCUGGAAGUGCUUCGUUAAAUGUGGUAUGCCUGCCCGUAUUUAACAUUACAAUUACUGUCCGCGAUUCUGUUUCGGUUUCGCAAAAGGCUGUUGAUAUUUGAGCUCAACCAGCCAAUCAAAUUACAACCCUUCCUUCCGUGCUCCUGAAGCACGUGCUUUGAAUGGCUGCGAUUCUUUAUGGCUCGGUCCAGUCACUAUGUUUCCCAUGUACGUAGGCAAUACUGUGUACAGACACCGACGUUUUUUUUGGCCGUGAACGCUGAACGGACAGCUAGAGGAGCAUUCAAAAGUGAAUGGGAUUAGUCACGGACACUCGAUUUAACGUGUGGUGAAUUGAUUAAAUGACGAAAUGGUGCCAUCUGCUGGUAAAAAAAAAAAAUGCCAAAAUGUUAGAAGAAUGAUGACAUUUUACUUCAACCAGAUAACAUGCGUGUUCGAAUAUUUUCUGUUUCCUAUUUUACGGAUCUUGUCCUUUAUGUCAAUUUUUUGUGAAAGGACAUUUCUAUCAUGGUACUAGGUCUAUAUAUUUUGUUUCGAGGGCGUGGUUAUAGGGAUUGUAGGAUACACGAUACAUUUGGAACCAUCCAUUUCAGAUUAAAAAAAACUAAUUGCUUUUAGGCUAAACAUUUUAACGACCAACCGUUACGCAUCUUUAAAAUCACACAAUUAGGAUAUAUAGACUAAAGCAGUUAUGCUGUCAUAUAUUCUCGACAGGAUUUAGAAAACCGCAGAUUGACAUAAUUAUUUGUAAUGACGUCAGCGAACUCAGGUGAGACAAGGUGCGGAAAUACAGGUUUAGGAUUAAUGGCCGCCAAAGUUGUAUACGUCGAGUGAAGACAUACCAAGUGGUGUUUACAAAUACAGCGAAGAUUGUGCCAUUUGCUUGUGUGUGGGAUGCUUGGAGCAUUUUUUUUUCUAUGCAAAGGAAGGAAGCAGGAAAGCCAAGCGUGACCAGGGCUAUAUUUAUCGUAGGUUAUGUUACUGUCACGGCAGUUAACAUAAUUUUAAAAUGAAGCUGCUACUUUCUGUCGCUUUACUGUAAAUAUUUUUUGAGAGCUAUUGCCAGUUAUUGGUUCAUAUGCUGAUGUAUAGUCCCGACAUACGCAUCAGAAUCUUUGAUAGAUAUUUUUUUCUGGGGUAAUUGCGUCUGAGGUGGAAGUGAGCGUGAGCUAAAGUCUACAUUUAAGAUUUUCGUAGGUUAUACUUGGCUGUACAAGAAAGGCAAAAAAGGAAAGAUAUUGGGUCAUGGAGGCUAUUGAGAUUGGAGAGCAAGACCCCUUUCCUGUGGAGAGAGAGGGAAGGGUCCGGAAGAAAGGUGAAGGUGCUGAUGAGGUUGAUGGCAUUGGCUGCUGUGGAAAGUUCCAGACUUCUGUGUCUAGAUGGAUGCUUCCGGAAGACCUGCGCAGCACAUAUAUGGAACGAACCAACUGCUGCCCCCCGCCUAUCUUUAUCAUUACUAUCAGCAUCGUAGAGCUGGCGGUGUUUAUAUACUACGCGGUGUGGAAGCCGCAGAAGCAGUGGGUGACCCUGGGCGAUGGCAUCUGGAACAGUCCGCUGACGUACAGGCCUGAUCUGAGGGAACAGGCCUGGAGGUUUAUCUCCUAUAUGUUUGUCCACGCAGGCGUGCAGCACAUCAUGGGUAACCUGGUCAUGCAGCUUCUACUGGGCAUCCCCCUGGAGCUGGUGCACAAGGGCUUCGAGGUUGGCAUGGUCUACCUGGCCGGAGUACUUGCAGGAUCUCUGGCGAGCUCCAUCUUUGACCCUCUCCAUGCGCUAGUGGGGGCUUCGGGAGGGGUCUACGCCCUCAUUGGGGGCUACUUCAUGAACGCGGUGGUGAAUUACAGAGAGAUGAUGCCUCUCUUAGGAAUAGCCCGUAUAACAGUAAUCUUGCUCAUUGUGGGAACAGAUAUUGGCUUUGCGCUCUACAGAAGAUUUCUGAGUGAUGAAGCUGGUAUGCAGGUAAAAAAAACACAUACUCACACUACAAACAUAGAAAGUGCCAAGGUGUGUGUGUGUGUGUGUGUGUGUGUGUGUUUUCCCUAAAUGGAAGCCAUUCUCCAUGAAGCGUAUAAGCUGAAACUUGGUCACUUAGUCACCCCUGUGAACCUGUCUGGUCUUGCUCCAACUUACAGAAACCUUACACCUAAAAGUGUUGUAAUGUGGAGGCAGGGGGUAGCUAUGGGCUGGUUUUACCAUCCUGUAUUACUGGUUUGACAGGUUAGGAGAAAGAGAGGGGCCGGCUGGAAAGAGGUCUAAACAAAUUACUCAAGAUCUCAAAGAGCCAUCCCCACCACACACACACACACACACACAAAAGAUAACACAUGCAAGUAUAUUAUAACAUUUGCAAGGCAUUUUGUAAUUUUGUUGAUUAGUAGCUUAAAAGACAUAGUGAGCCACACAGUGUGAACACUGCAGUCUCUCACUUGCACCUCGCGCGAGAACUACAUAAUGCUUUAUGGCUCCACCUCACACAACAACUACAUCCCUCUGCUAGUUUUAAGAAGUAGCUAGCGAUGUAUUCCCUGUACGGACAUCAUGGCAAAGGUGACAAAGAAACUGAGGAAGAUGUCAGAGGAAGCGAGGAAGAGAAAAAAAGAGAGUAACUGAGCAAGAGACCAAACAAGAGUCAGUCUCGGACUGGCUUUAACUUGUUGGCCAGAGCUAAAAGGAUGCAAGUUGGAUGCCAAGCUGGCCUUCUUUCUGUUGGACUAUGUCUUGCUCUUUCUUGAUGUUUGGCUGUGUUAGGAAAGUUGUCGACACCAUAAAUAUCUCUGCCUAUGUUA